AUGGGGUUUGAAUGCAGCUCCAAUGAACCCAAUCUUUAUACAAAGUCUCAAGCUUCAACUUACCUAUUUCUAUGCAAAUAUAUGGACGAUAUCAUCUAUAUGGGGUUUUCCCAAGAGAUGUUGAUAGACUUCAAAGAAACCAUGAUGAAGAAGUUUGAUAUGUAUGAUCUUGGAUUGCUAAGAUAUUUCCUUGGGUUGGAAAUAAACCAAGGCAAAGACUUCAUCUUUGUCUGUCAAAGAAAAUAUGCUGAGAAUUUUCUGCACAAGGUUACAAUGCUUGACUGCAAAACAAAACCAAGUCCCAUGAAUCCCAAUGAGAAACUUAGUCUUGAUAAUGGCUCUGGAGAUGCAAAUGCUAGGAAAUAUAGGAAGCUGGUUGGGAGUUUGUUGUACCUCACGCACACCCGACCUGACCUCAUAUACGAUGUCUCAAUUGUAGCCCAUUAUAUGCAUUACCCCUCAAUGCAUCACCUUGGAGUGGUAAAAUGUAUCAUGCAUCAUCAUAUCACUAGCACUACUGACUUCGAGUUGCUAUAUGAGUGUACUGAUAAAUUGAAACUUGAGCGCUAUACGGACAAUGAUUGGGGCGGGUUGAUCAACGACCAAAAAAGUACCUCCGGGUGGGUUUUCAAUCUCGGUUUCGCCAGCUAUUACAUGAUGUUCAAAGAAGUAUGA